CGAUAUAUCGAUAGCACAGGAUCGAUACGCACAUGCCUAUCAUUAACACAAGUCAAUGCAGCUGAGCAGCAACCCCUGGUGUCCGUCGUCUUCAUUCGAUUCUACACACAACGCAGAGGAAGAGAACACCGGUUACACAAGUUACAAGCUCUUGGUAUUGAAUAUUGGACUCUGGCUGGAGAGCAGCGUGACCUUUCCGAGUGCUUCAUGGAACACCGCAGGUCGCUCCAGUGUGGGACCUACCGCUGGGAAAAGAUGGAACGCCAAUCAGAGGAGUUCAUUUUCGCCAAUCAUGGACAAGGACUCACUGAUGCUGGAGGGAUUCCGAGAAAGUGUUGUGUGACGACGCCGGCGGGGUCUCUCCCGUCUCGCUGGUUUGAACGGGAUGCAGUCUAGCGCCAUCCGCCGUGCUCUCUCAAGACUGGUUGUGCAGCGCAGUGACAGAGUCAUCAUCCAAGCUCCGCCUCUACGUUUCCCUCUCUCUCCAUUUCUUUCUUCCUCUCUCUUUGGCGUGAGCUCCGCUGCCUCUCCAACUCCAGAUGCCUCCGCCUCCCCGCCAGGACCUGCAGAUCCGGAACUGAAGGUGAGGUUGGCAGAUGGACAGUUCUUCCUCCUCUGUCGUAAAGAGUGACAUCAGUCUCGGAGAGAGAGGUGAGCUGCAGAGGCCAAACGCUAGUUGAUCGUCAGCUUGGAUCUUUGAGCAAACACACCACUUUGAAGGCAGGCCUGGAAGGAAGGAACCCCUUGCGACAACACAUCCGGCAGAUUGAGCACCUGCAACUUGACGCACUUCCUGGGAUUGUGACCAGCGCUCUCGGGAAGACAGCCCCCUGCCAGCGCCCCAGCAAGAAAGAUGAACGAAAGUCGAAGGGAAGCGCUCGCAGCGGCGCCCCCCGCACCUACCGCCUCCUCCUCGUCCUCGGGCGGCGGCGGCGGUGCCAACACAACCAACAUAGCUGGCGGCCCGGGCACAGGCCAGAAGGACGAGAACUUUUCCAAGCUGAAGAACAAGUUCAUGAACGAGCUCAACAAGAUCCCACUGCCGUCAUGGGCCAUUGUCUCCAUUGCCUUCGUGGCCAUCAUCCUGAUGCUGGCGUGCUGCUUCUGCGUCUGCAAGAAGUGGAUAUUCAAGAAGAAGAACAAAAAGAAGGGCAAAGACAAAGGCAAAAACGCCAUCAACAUGAAGGACGUCAAAGACGAAGCCAAAACCGAGGCCUUGAAGGAUGAGGAGGAUGCUGAGACAGGCCUGACUGAAACGGAGAAAGAGGAGGAGCCCAAGGAGGACCAGAAACUGGGCAAAUUACAGUACUCGCUGGAUUACAAUUUCACAGAGAACACGCUUAUCGUGGGGAUCAUCCAGGCGGCAGAGCUUCCCGCCAUGGACAUGGGCGGCACGUCUGACCCUUACGUCAAAGUCUACCUGCUGCCCGACAAGAAAAAGAAGUUUGAGACCAAAGUCCACAGGAAGACCCUCAACCCCGUCUUCAACGAGCAGUUCACCUUUAAGGUUCCGUAUGUGGAGCUGGGCGGGAAGACCCUGGUGAUGACUGUGUACGACUUCGACCGCUUCUCCAAACACGACGCCAUCGGCGACAUCAAGGUGCCCAUGAACAAGGUGGACUUCAGCCACAUAACGGAGGAGUGGCGAGACCUGCAGAGCGCCGAGAAGGAGGAGCAAGAGAAGCUGGGCGACAUAUGCUUCUCCCUUCGCUACGUUCCCACCGCCGGGAAGCUAACCGUAGUCGUCCUCGAAGCCAAAAACCUGAAGAAGAUGGACGUGGGCGGCCUGUCAGAUCCGUACGUGAAGAUCCACCUGAUGCAGAACGGCAAGAGGCUGAAGAAGAAGAAGACCACCAUCAAGAAGAACACGCUUAACCCGUACUACAACGAGUCCUUCAGCUUCGAGGUCCCCUUCGAACAAAUCCAGAAAGUGCAAGUGGUGAUCACGGUUCUGGACUACGACAAAAUCGGCAAGAACGACGCCAUCGGCAAAGUCUUCGUGGGCCUCAACAGCUCGGGCACGGAGCUGCGCCACUGGUCCGACAUGCUGGCCAACCCGCGGAGACCCAUCGCCCAGUGGCACGUGCUGAAGCCCGAGGAGGAAGUGGACGCCCAGCUGUCCACCAAGAAAUAGGCAGGCCCCGCCCCCCCCCCCCCUCCUCCACGCUCCUGCCUUGUAGUACUUUAGCCAGUCUGUGUAAAUACCUCAGUGAUACAUACGUGUUGGCCCCGCCCUCCUCUCUCCUCCAUCUUUCGUUCCAUCAGGGUCUCUUUUGGCGUUUUCCUCUGUUAGCCCCGCCCCCUUCCCGUCCCUCCCGGUCCUUCUUCCAAGCAAUAUGAGGUGUAUAGAUAGCGCAUGACUGAAAGAACAUGUACAUAUACGUAUGCACACACCAUGAUUUCUAGUUGACGUGUUUCUAUGUCGUUUCCUAAUCUGUGCAUAUCUGGCUGUUUUUAAUCCGAUUUUAAAGCAUAUAAAGCACCGCCAACGUUACGUGAAGCCAGGAUUUCAAAUAUAACCGAUCUUCUUCUUCUUCUUCUUCUUCUUCUUGCGACGAUACGACCGCAUUCCACCAGAUGACAAAAACAAGGUAAAGGAGGAAGCGAGCGGACCACACAAGAAGGCCAUUAACUGCUUGGGUUCUCCACAAGCACACGACUUCCUGUCACUUUUUUCUACUUCCCGUCGGGCGCCGUCACCUUUGACCCCGGCUCCACCCGAGUGAUUAAAGCACCAAGCUGUCGCCAUCGUGUCCUUAACGCUCUUCUUUCUCGCCAACAGUGCGCAUCGUCUCUUUUAACGAUCUUUGCUACGACCCGCUUUUUUGCCUUCCGCCAAUCAAUCGGAGAAAAAAGGAAAAAAAGUAGAGAUGUCCGAUAAUAUCGGACUGCCGAUAUUAUUGGCCGAUAAAUGCUUUAAAAUGUAAUAUCGGAAAUUAUCGUUAUCGGUUUCAAAAAGUAAAAUGUAUGACUUUUUAAAACGCCAAUAAACCUUAAAGGCACUGCCUUUGCGUGCCGGCCCAAUCACAUAAUAUCUACGGCUUUUCACACACACAAGUGAAUGCAAGGCAUACUUGCUCAACAGCCAUACAGGUCACACUGAGGGUGUACGUAUAAACAACUUUAACACUGUUACAAAUACGCGCCACACUGUGAACCCACACCAAAAAAAGAAUGACAAACACAUUUCGGGAGAACAUCCGCAACGUAACACAACAUAAACACAACACAACAAAUACCCAGAACUCUUGCAGCACUAACUCUUCCGGGACGCUACAAUAUACACUCCCCGCUGCUGUUUUGAGGCAUGUUAAAAAAAAAUAAUGCACUUUGUGAUUUCAAUAAUAAAUAUUGCAGUGCCAUGUUGGCAUUUUUUUCCGUAACUUGAGUUGAUUUAUUUUGGAAAACCUUGUUACAUUGUUUAAUGCAUCCAGCGGGGGCAUCACAACAAAAUUAGGCAUAAUAAUGUGUUAAUUCCACCACUGUAUAUAUCGGUAUCGGUUGAUAUCGGAAUCGGUAAUGAAGAGUUGGACAAUAUCGGAAUAUCGGCAAAAAAGCCAUUAUCGGACAUCUCUAAAAAAAAGUAUUUCCGGCUAAUUGAAACACUGCCAGGUGCUCGUCGGGCAGCGCCGCCAUGUUUUACUGCCACUUGUUCUGCUGACAUGGCCGCCGAUUUGCACUCUUCUCUGUUCGCUUCUUCUGCGUUGUCGUCCACACCGCCGGGCUUCUCGAAGCGUUCUCGCGUUUACUUCAGUUCCUGCCGUGCCUCAUCUUCCUGUCGCCGUUGUUUGGGGAAUGAGCCGGCGGCGGUUCUUUAAAGACUUAAUUGGCGCCUGAAGGCGAAGCGAGCGUGGGAGUUAAUGGUCCGCGGCGUCCUUUACUACGCCUCCAAUUAGGGAACCCACGGAAUCUGCGAGGAAGCGCUCGCCGGCUUGAGGAGGACUUUGUAGAUGUUUUCAAUGUUCUUGUGUAGUUGAUAUAAUGAACAAGCUACUUGUCAUUCCAUCCCAGCGUUGUGUGUCACUGUGAUGCCGUGUGUGCGUAGACGCGUAGACUUCUGACUAGCUAGCGCAAGCAGUCUGUUCCGUAGUGAUGUCGUGGCGUUUGACGCCAUUUUCCCACCCUCCGAGAGCGAGAGCACUGUGCAAUAUGUACGUGUGUGUGCGUGGGUGUGUGCGCGUGUGUGUGCGUGCGUGUGUGUGUUCAGGCCGUCGUCUUCGCCACAACAGAAAACUGGAACUGGAGUCUAGAUUCCAGAGGGCCGAGGAAGCAGCACACGUCGAUUUCCUGUUUGUUUUUCUUCUCGCACACUGAUUCCAGCACGGGAAGUUUCAGGGAGUGAAAGACCCUUAAAGGCAGUGUACAUAUUUACAUAAAGCUCUCUAAUGUAUAUGUAGAAUAAAUAUCAAGUGAUAAUAUAUGAUAUAUUAGCCAUCAUCCCUCUUCUUUUCUAUUUGACAUUACAACGUUGAAUGUACAGUACGGACUGUGUUGGUGUUACUUUUCAAGUGAUGUACUUUGCACUUUUAUUUUGUAAAAAAAAAAAAAAAAAAAAGAGUCUAUUACUUUUCUUUUUUUUUUUUUUUUUUUUUACUUCCUUUGGAUCAUUUUGAGUGCAGCUGCAUUCUCUGCCCCUUUUGACUCGACCGAGAGCAGCAAAGUGUGAGAGACAAUUGGUUGAAAUAUUCAAAAUGUGCACAAAUGAGGGGACGCAGGGACGGACUGGCAGUGCAGGACCUCUUGUGUGUGGUGGUGGGGGGGGAUACCAAAAUAAAAGCCAUUUAACUGCACUGCAACACAAAGCUCCUCUUCUGACAAUUCCCUACCAAAGUAUGCACGGAAAAACUUAGCAACAUUCCCUGUCGAGCUCCAAAUUCCUGCCAAGCUGCCCUUUGGGAAAGCAAAGCUGUGUAAAGUGUAGAAGGAUCCUAGUUGCCUUUGUGUGUAUCAACUGCCUGCUUGACUUUUUGCUGUUCUGUAAACUUGUAAAACUCUUUGGGCUCUUUUCUCCCACCGUCGUCAUCACGAUUUGCCAUGUUCAACCUUCAUUUUGGAUUGUUUUUUUUCUUUUCUACAUUCUUUUGACCAUGUUUUCCAGUUGCGUUACACUUUGUGUAGUGAUUCACGCUGUGGAGUUUUCUGACUGUUGUUAUAUAACUUCAUAUACACAAAUGAUCAAUAAAAAUGUUUUAUUUCCUGUUGA